UUGCUAGCACUGUUCAUCGAGCAAGCACUGCUGUCAGUGAUCGGUAUGAUUGCCGAUGCGAGUGAGGCCGGUAAUCGCUCGGAGAUUGCGAUGCGAUUAAGCGAGGCAGUUCAACGUCGCACUCAACUUGAAACGUUGAAGGAUCGACAAGACCAGUUGCUACUCUCUGUGAUACCUGCAUAUCUCACCGAUAAGGUUAUUGUCUGA